UUGUUGGUUUUGACUAAAUCUUUGCUGUUUCAAGUCUUACGAAACCUUUACCCUAACCUUACUCUAACCAUCUAAACUACCUAUGAUUAUUAACGAAAUAACACGUUUGUGCGAUUACGUCAGACUCGAAACUCCAAGGAUUUAGUGUGAGUGGUACUUAUUAGAGAGCGAUCUGAAUGCGAAUAUAUCUGAAUCGUUUCGUUUUUGAGUUUGUACUUACAAUUGUCAUUGUAUAUUCUAUUCUUUUGCGUUAUUGGUACAAAAUAAUCGCAUAAAAAGCGCAGCUCACGUUCAAUUGCAUGCGUUUUUACACGGGAAAUUUGCCAGGGCUAUUACAAUGGGGGGCGUUGACGUAUCGCAGCAUCACACGAAAGCGGCCAAUGCACGGUCAGGACAAAAAAGGGCUUAAUCCGGCGUGUGUCUAUAUGGUGCCCUCUGCUGGCAUCCAUUGAGAACUGUAAACGUUUAACCCUUCCCGUAGUCUGUCUGUGCGCUAUCGGUGGAAGAUGGCGACCAGAGCGCUUCUCAGCUCUUUCUCAGGCCUUUAUCAGGCUGCCAACAAGACCAGGACAAUAGGACACGUUACUGCUACGAUCAGGGGCCUGUCAGUCUCUAAUAGUCGGCAUCGAGAGGAAAGCUGGUUCAAAUCGUUAUUCGUGAGGAAGGUAGACCCAAGGAAAGAUGCUCACUCCCAUCUGUUAGCAAAGAAAGAAGAUAACAACUUGUACAAAAUACAGUUUCACAAUGUGAAACCAGAGUGUCUUGAGGCCUACAACAAACUCUGCAACGAGGUGCUGCCAUCCAUCCAUAAUGACAAACAUUACCCGUGUGAGCUGGUGGGCACAUGGAAUACCUGGUAUGGAGAACAAGAUCAGGCUGUGCACCUGUGGCGGUACAGAGGAGGAUAUCCAGCUCUCACUGAAGUCAUGGGUAAACUGAAAAAUAACAAGAUGUUCAUGGAGUACAGGAAUGAGAGGGGGAAAAUGCUUCUCUCCCGUAGGAAUCAGCUCCUUCUGGAGUUCAGCUUCUGGAAUGAGCCUGUGCCACGCAGCGGGUCAAAUAUAUAUGAGCUCCGAUCCUACCAGUUGAGACCCGGUACCAUGAUUGAAUGGGGCAAUAAUUGGGCUCGAGCUAUUGGCUACCGCCAGCAUAACCAUGAAGCAGUCGGAGGCUUCUUCUCUCAGAUAGGAAGCUUGUAUAUGGUUCAUCAUCUCUGGGCUUACAAGGACCUGCAGUCUAGAGAGCACACAAGGAACGCCGCCUGGCAGCAUGAGGGCUGGGAUGAAGCUGUUUAUUAUACUGUGCCUCUCAUUCAGCACAUGGAAUCCAGGAUAAUGAUCCCGCUGAAGGCUUCGCCUUUGCAGUAAUGAGCCUGUUGAAAUAAAUUUUCCACUCCCAACCUAAGCCCUGGUUAUAUUUAUUGCGGUUAUAGUUUAUUUUGAUCAUAAAAAGGUCUAGCAACCCAAACUUUGUGCAAAUGUAAGCCAAAAGUUAGGUUUUUCUAAAUAUCUUUAUCUGUUGUUUGAGUCUAAUUUUAGCCAUCGGAUGUAAAAUACAGUAUAUUAAAAGGACAUUGAAACUGAAUUGCUAUAAUAAAUUUGUACACAAAGGUUUGGUGGCAAUCCUACAUGUAUUAACAUUAUUACCUAAAUAUCAAAGAAAGCAGUAAUAGUUUAUUGCCUAUGAAUUUGAUGGAAAUAUGAUAUUUCCCAAACAUAUGAUAAGUACAACUGGUGAAUUCUGCAAAACAAGAUUAGUCUGUGUAUUUCACAGCUGAUUAAAAUAAUCAAACAUUACCUUCAUUUACACCAAAUCUAUGGAAUUAGUGUGACAGUCAUUGUUAUUGUUGAAAGGCCUUUGGGUUGUGCAGUAGUUGUGUGCUUGUUUUCUUUUAUUCAACAACAGUCUUUUAUAUUUAUUGCGUUACAUUGGCAUGCAUUUACAUUCUGUUGGUAUUGUGCAACCGUUUCUUUUUGACAAAUUGAUUUUGUUGUCUGUUGUGGCAUGUCCAAUUCAUUGUACACUGAAGUACUUUAAAGGGAAUUCAGGAGCACAAAAUCAACAUUUAUUGUAACUGUUCAAUAAAUCAAGCAUUUUGUG